GCGGUACUUCUGAAACUAGGCUGACGCAGCAAUGCCAAUGGCAACAGUGCCAGAGGCGCGCUUACUUGGCCUCUACCAGGGCGCCCUUCUUCAAGUUCCAGGCUUGGUAGUCCUUGGUAGAGGACGGAGGUGCUCAGAGGUUAGAGGUGCCCCUUUUGGAAGUCAUGGAAGCGGAGGAUUGGAGUUUCAGCUGGUUUCAGCACAAUCCUGAUUUGAAGCAGACACUCCAUACAGAGCACGUCUGCUGAUACUGGUGGCAUCAGCAAAACGUUUAUGAAUUCAGUCCGCAUGAACGUGAUUUGGAGCUGAGACGGGUCCCCAUAGCUCAACUUUUGUUGUCCAAUCAAAUGCUGCGCAAAUGACGUACUUUUCAACAUACUCUCCGCGGCAGAGGCGCAUUAUUGCCCUAGCCUUUGUAAGUGGGGGUUUUGUUGUCGCUGCCAACGUCUCCGUUCGGGUCAAGCAGGCGCAGAAGGAGCAAAGGGCUUUGUGCGACGCGGUUGCUUCAGAGAGCUCAAAGGACACUGGGGGGCUGAAGAAGCAGAAGGUAGCGGUCAAUCGUGUCUUCUGGUUGAGAUUGCAAACCGUGCUGGGGAUAUGCGUCCCCUCCCCCUUUUCUCUGGAGGCGGUCUACGUCCUUGUACAAUCGGGCCUCUUGAUUUCCAGAACGCUCCUUUCUGACCAGAUUGCAGCUCUCGAAGGUACUGCUGGCCAGGCCGUCACGGCGCAGGACUGGCCAGCCUUUCAGCGCAUGCUGGUGGACACCGCCCUGACGUGCGUCCCUGCGGCCAUCGUGAACAGCGGCCUCAAGUUCAUGCAGACGUACAUCAGCCUGGCCUUCCGCAAGCGCAUCACCGAGCAUCUUCAUCAGCGCUACCUCUCUAACAGAACUUAUUACGUCGCGUCAACUCUGGGGGGCAUGUCGAAUGCGGACCAGCGCAUUACUGAAGAUGUCGAGAAGUUCGCAUUCAACAUCAGCGAGCUUUUCAGCUACACUUUCAAGCCCGUCCUCGACAUCGUCCUCUUCUCGCGGUCGCUUGCAAAAACCGUUGGGUACAAGGGCCAGCUGACUUUGUACCUUUACUUCCUUCUUUGCGCCGGCGUGCUGCGAAGAUUGAGCCCCCCGCUCGCCCUCAUGACCACCCAGGAAGCGGCGCUUUCAGGGAACUUCAGAAACGCGCAUCAGAGGCUGGUUGCCACUGCCGAGGAAGUGGCAUUCAACGACCCACCAGGGGGGGACACCGAGCGCAUGAUCUUGAAUGACCAUCUUUACCGGGUCCUCAAGCAUGCGCGCCUCUCUGCCUUCCAACGAUUCUGGCAGCAGGUCGCGGACGGCUACCUCGUCAAGUAUGCUGCAAGCAUCAUCGGGCUGUGCGUGUACGCCGCGCCGCUCUACUUCAGGCCCAGGACACUAAGCCCGGACAAGCUUACGGGGGAUUACAUCCGGUCAAUGCGCCUGAUGAUGCACACGUCGGGUGCUAUCGGGCAGCUGGUGCUCGUCUACAAGCGGCUGACGACGCUUGCGGGCAACACGAGCCGCGUCGCGGAGCUGCUCGAGUCGGUAAACCAGCUGGGCACCGCCAAAGGCCGGGCCGGCCUCAUGCAGUCGUUGGACCUGACGGACCGGGCGUCCGAAGCUGUCGGGACGUCCGAAGCCGAGCGCCCGAGCAUCAGCGCCCCCGAUCGGGGCCCCGCACCCCCUCCCCGCCUUCUGUUCGGCGACUAUAUCAAGUUCGAGCGGGUGACGCUGCACUCGCCCGACGGGACGCUCCUGGUGCGCGAGCUUAGCCUUGAGGUGCGCCAAGGGGAGUCGCUCAUCCUCAUGGGGCCCAACGGCAGCGGCAAGUCUUCCCUCUUCCGCGUGCUCGCCGAGCUGUGGCCCCUCGCAUGCGGCACCGUCGUCCGGCCCCCCCGCGGCGACAUCUUCUACCUCUCGCAGCGGCCCUACCUCGUGCGGGGCACCCUGCGCGACCAGAUCCUGUACCCGUUCCCCCCCCGGAAAGUCGCGCACGAGGCCGCGGUGCGAAACGGCACCCGGGCGCUGAUUCCGGGGGAGCACGAAAGACGGGAGGAAGACCGGAAGAUUCUUGAGGUGUUCGGGAAGGUCGAGCUGGGGGGGUUGGUUCAGCGGGGGGAGGGGUUGGACCAGAUGCAGAACUGGGACGAUACGCUGUCCGGGGGGGAGAAGCAGCGGGUGGCCAUGGCGCGGCUCCUCUUCCACAACCCCAAGUUCGCCGUGCUCGACGAAUGCACGUCAGCGGUGAGCGCGGACGGGGAGGAGACGCUGUACCGGCGGCUCAAGGAGGCCGGCAUUACGAUGCUGUCCAUCGCGCACCGGCCCACCGUCCGAAAGUUCCACAGUGUAGCUCUGACGUUCGAUGGUAGCCAAUCGGGCUUCGGCUGGAAGUACGAGCGGUUGAGUAGCAUCUCGAUCUAGAUUUGCAGGUUACUGAGCUUUAGCACUUGUAUAUAGUUAUAGAAAGGUACAUGCAUGUAUCAUUAGUAGAGUCAGUACAGACGCAUCUGUGUUCUCAAGUCAAGUAAGUAGAUACAGUAAUCAACGAAUGCAGUGAAGGCUCGUGAAAGUACAAGGUCGUAAAGCAAGACCAGCUGUCCAGCAUAUGUAGAACUUGGUCGGCCGCCCACGUGCAGGCCCUGAGAUUGGAUAGCGGUCCUCCGCUUGUGUCAGUGUACAGUGGGCGCGCAUGCGAAAGCUUUAGCAAAAUGAACAUCGUGAAAUGCGGACGCAUGAGGAUAAGCCCGUCUCCCGCGCUAAAAGUCCCAGGAAUUUACAGUCACCGCCAGUGCGUCGAUCGGAGAUCGAGCUGAGGAUGAUUUGCGCCUGCCUUAAGGCAAUUGAAGAUUUCUACAAGAGGCUCACAUUGAUCGCAGAUCCCAGUGAUUGGUAUAAACGGAG